UAUUUGCACGACGCACUUGCAAAUAACAACUUGCACGAAUCAAACGCCUCCAGAACCACACAACCAGAAACCCAUUUAUAAAUUCAAAACAGCAGCGAAACACCACAGCACAUGACCACCGCCGACAGGCCGCACAGCACGCGCAACGCAUCAGACCACACUGCAGACAUGUCCCUGAAAAGAACGGUACGUGACGACGAGCAUUCAGUUGUCGCCGUAGAGGUAGAGGGCGGCGACGCGUGCACGCGAUCAAGCCCAGCCGAAGAACAACGGCAGGAGGGGCAGAAGGAGCAGCAGCAGCAGCAGCAACAGGGAAAAGGAGGAGAGACCGCAGGAGGAGAAGAAGGAGACGCUCCCGAUGAAACUGAUAUUUGUUGUGGCAGGAGGAUGCUGCGAGGCGAUGCGCAGUUCAUUUUUCUGGGGCCGGUUGCGCGGUCGUGGCGCGCGUAUUUUGAUGGGAAAGAAUACACGGUGGACUCCCAAGUGGUGACGUCUCCCCGCACGACGGAAGCACUGGACAGCGGGUGGGAAGCGGGUAACAGCGGAUGGAAAUGUGCCGCUGCGCUGGGGGGCAUGGAAGUAUUGGACGUGCUCGUGGAGAGGUCUAACCCAUGGGAUGGCGAGCGGGAAGAAUUCGGGGAUAGGGGCGAGUGUGACAGGGGUGCGUGCGGCGAGUGGGGGGAUGGAAUCUUCGCAGCUGGUGCUGCGAGCGGGAACGAUGAAGUUCUGAAGUUAUUGAUGGUUGAAGGUUGCUAUAAAGACGAGAUGGGAGUGAAAAAGCCGGGUAUGGUCGUGCACAACGUGUAG